ACAGGCGCGAGCUCGGCUCCAACUCUAGCCUCAGCUGAGAGCGGGCGAGGCAAUGGCCAAGGUGUCGGUGCUGAACGUGACUGUGCUGGAGAAUCCGAGUCCAUUCCACAGCCCCUUCCGGUUCGAGAUUAGCUUCGAGUGCAAUGAGGCCCUGGCAGACGACCUAGAGUGGAAAAUCAUCUACGUUGGCUCAGCUGAGAGUGAGGAAUUUGAUCAAAUCCUAGACUCUGUGCUGGUUGGCCCUGUCCCAGCCGGGAGACACAUGUUUGUCUUUCAGGCUGAUGCCCCCAACCCAUCUCUGAUCCCUGAGACAGAUGCGGUAGGUGUGACAGUGGUCCUCAUCACCUGUACCUACCGUGGACAAGAGUUCAUCCGAGUGGGCUACUAUGUCAACAAUGAGUACCCAAACCCCGAGCUUCGGGAAAACCCACCACCAAAGCCAGACUUCUCUCAGCUCCAGCGAAAUAUCUUGGCCUCAAACCCCCGGGUGACCCGUUUCCACAUCAACUGGGACAACAAUGUGGACAAGCUGGAGGCCUUAGAGAAUGAAGACCCUACCCUGGGCUGUGGCCUUCCCCUCAGCUGCAUGCCUAUGAAGGGCCUGGGUCUCCCUGGCUGCAUCCCCAGCCUCCUCCCUGAGAACUCCAUGGACUGCAUCUAACUACAAGGACCCAGGCCCACUUGGGUCCAGCCAUAACAUCUGGAGAGGAAGUUAGUCCUCCCUGAGAGUCUUAUGGAACCAUAAGGAAGUAUCUGGGGCCAUCAACCACAUCCAAGCCAGUCAUACUUGCCCCAAGGAAAGAACAGGGCUCAGGUCUCUCCUGACCUUGGCCUGGAAAGAAUCACCUCACUUUUACUGCCCAGGCCUAUAAGUGGCAGGACUUCAAUUCUGAAUUCGUUAUGACUUGUGCCCUUUUUCUCUUGCACAUACACACAACCACAGACUAUACAUUCUAGCUACAGGCCAUUGUGCCACACUGCUUCUGUGAGUACCAUUGAACCAAAGCUCUUCCCGACAGCCUCCCCAGUCUGCCUUGAUGUUCUUGGUCAGUGACUAGCAAGGCUGCAGCCCUAUGGGCCGAAGCCUCUGUUAUUUCUGAGCAGAUUCACCUAGCUUUCUGAAGUCACAGGCGAGGAAUCUUAGAAGAUGGACUUAGAUACAAUUUUUGUCCUCCCAGGACAAUUUUUAGGUCUUUUCAAUCCACUAGCCCCAAAGGUGUGAUCAUCAGGAUGCUGAGGAUUGGUGGUUGACUCUCCUCAUGAUCAUCACUUUACUUUCUUCUUUUAAUUGGACCUGACUUGCCCUGGUGGGGGAAUGACAUGUUGGAGGGUCUUGCUGUUUUUGGUCUCGGCGCCAGCAUCAGGGCCCCUCUGCCUCUGGCUGUCAUGAUUAGGUACUGAAGAACCUAAUGCUCCCACUGACCAGAGUGAUUUCAAGCAAGGGAAGCAGUAGGAAACAAAAAAUUUUCCCUCCCCCUCCCAUGCUCCCCCAUGCCCUAUCCCUUGCUGCUAUGUGGAUGCUGUUA